CUACCGUUGCAACCACUACCACCUCAACUUAUCCUGCCGAUGGCGCAAAGCCUGUUCCUAAACCUGAAUGGAUGGAGCUCAUCAAAAACGCAAAUAUCACAAAUGCACCCAUCUUGAAAAGCAAUGGCGAUGAUGGACCUAGUACCAGUGGCACUGAUAAUUACUGCGAUUGGGCUAAAUCCGGAUGUAUGGGCUCAAGUAUCGGUGAUUGUCCUAAAGGUCAAUGGGGUCUUACUUACGAUGAUGGACCAUCGGAUGUCUCUCCCAUGUUGUAUGACUUCUUAAAGACAACGAACCAAAAGGCAACCCUCUUCAUGAUUGGAUCCAACGUGCGUAAAUAUCCCGCUACUGUAAAGCGUGCAUUUGACGAAGGUCAUGAGAUUGCUAUUCAUACUUGGACUCACAGCUAUAUGACUACACUCACCAAUGAACAAAUCGUUGCUGAACUGAAAUGGACUGAAUUAGCCAUUAAAGAAAUUACUGGUGUUUCCCCUCGUUUAUUCAGACCUCCUUAUGGUGAUAUCGAUGAUCGUGUUAGAGAUAUCGGAACAGCUCUUGGUUUCACUUCCGUAAUUUGGGAUCAUGAUACAAAUGAUUGGAUGCUUGCUGAAAAAGUUCCUGGCUUUAAAUCUGAAUGGAUUGAUGGUAACUUUACUGAAUGGGCUGGCGAAGCAAAUACUUCUUCUACUGGUGGUCUUUCUUUAGAGCAUGAUAUUAUGUUGGUGACUGUACAAGCUGCCAUCAAGAACUUGCCCAUUCUUCAGGCUGCAUACAAAGUUGUCACUGUAGGUCAAUGUGCUGGUGUAUCCUCUUAUAAGGAAACCAAUGUGACAUUACCUGUAAACGCUUCUGCUGUUUCCUCUUCCAUUCUUCCUGCUGCCACUUCUUCUUCUGUUGCAGCAGUGAUUCCUGCCGCUGCACCCACUACCGCUCCCAGUUCAGCCGUGGCUGCUAUCUCGGAUGCCAACGCCGGAACCGCGCUUCGUGUCUCUGUUAUUUUACCCAUUGCAGUGUUUAUUUCCACUCUUAUCUUUGCUUAAUUCCCCCCCUCCCUCCCCCAUUUUGUGCUUUCAUUUCAUAUUUAUUUAACAGUUAUUUUUUUUUUGUAUUAUCUACAUCCUCUUCUUUUUUUUUUUCUUUUUUUUUGGGCUCUCCCACUUUCAUUAGAAUAAUAAAUAACAAAAAAAAAAGUUGGUUACCUCCCAAAAAAAAAG